CCAUCAGUUCAAAGCGGACAAUUGAUGAUUUAGAACGCGAGUAUGGUACUAGGAUUGCAAUACUUGAAGCAGAGUACAAGAAAAUCAAAUACACCAUCACAGCAGCACGUGAAAUUGGUGAACAUGUCAUAAGCGAAGCACAAGUAGAUACACAAUACAUUUUAAAUCUACUGUCAAACUCAGGCAACGUGUCAUUUGAAAAGCUGAAAUUGCCAGUCAAUUUUCAUAAGCUGCGAUGCACAAGUGAAAGUGAUCUCCAGGUGAAAUUUGUGAAGUUGUUUCAAUCAUUGCCAGAACAGAUGAAACCAUGGGGAAUUCGCGACACAUUAGUUGAAGGCUAUCUCAAGGAUCCAAUCGGAAAGAUUGAUUUUACGAUAAUUCAAGGGAACGUGGUUUCAUGGGUGCAUGUUGUUUCUCUAAUUGAAAUUAAGUCUACUUUGAAUAGCAAAACCAGUCACUGUGAGGCACUCGGGCAGCUCAUAGACAGAUUUACAACUAUUUUUGACUUACAAAAAAAUCGAUCAUUUAUUAUUGGAGCUAUUUGUGGAGAUUCACAAGUUGAAUUUGUGUGGCAGAAUCGAGAGAAGAACAUCAAGCGAUCAGACUUAUUAGAUCUGAGUUUUACCAGUCAAACAAUAGGGAUGAAUAUGCUUCUAAACAUGGUGACUGCAUCACAAAUGCAGCUGGGGUAUUCUCCACCUGAAGAUUAUAAGGCAGCAGUUAGCUCUGUUUGUGAUGUUGAUCAUGAGAUAAAAAUACUUCACCAUCUUCGUGAAUGUGAUUUCAUUCCCAAGGUUAUCACAUUUGGAAACCUUCCAGAGAACAAAAAGUAG